AUGGAAGUGGCUGUGGCUUUUCGUGCAGAUGUGGAGCAAGAGGCACUGGAGGAGUUGUGGAUGGAAGUGGCUGUCGCACUUCGUGCAGAGCUGGACAUCGAAAGUGAGGACAUUGAGCGGGAGCCUUCGAUCGCGGCCAUGGUACCAUCCAUCGACUGCCUCCAUUCCCUGGCGAAGCCUUCAAGAGCUGGACCCGGCUCACCUGCUGCCAGCGUUUCUGUGGCCUCGAACAUGACCAAGGAGAACCGGCUUGAUGCCAACAGGUUUUCCACCGUGGAUGCAGACAUUAUUCGGGGUAUCCCUCUCCGUCGAUCUUUGAAGGGACUGGGCCACAUAUGGCGCUACCAGCCGGCCACGUGGAACCCGGAGCAGCGUGCCAAACUCUACAAUCUUUCGCAGAAGGUGCAGCACUUCAACGUGUUUGUCUCGCACACCUGGCACACACCUGGUUGGCACAAGACUUUGGCUCUCUCAUUCCAAUGUGGCUGGCGGAGUACACUUGCCCUAUGGUGUGUGGCCGAGAUUGCGUCCAUGCUUCUGUGCCUUGCCGACGUGCUGCCAAUGCCGCUGGUAUUCCAGGCAAACGUCACAGGUUUUACAGACGAUUGUCCCAUGGGACUCUGGGUUUGGUCCUCCGGAGCUCUCGCCCUUUGCUUGGGUCUGCUGCUUACACCCUAUGUGCCGGAAAUGUGCAGCCCGUCCGAAGUGGGGUUCAUCGAUGUGGCCAGCAUCCACCAGCAGGACCGUGCACUCAUGGAGCGGGGUGUGUACGGCAUUGGCGGAUUUUUGCGUGUUUCCUCGGAGCUCCGUAUUCUUUGGAGUGCACCCUACCUGUCUCGUCUCUGGUGCAUUUUUGAACUAGCAGCAUACAGGAAGGUCAACCCCGAUGGCACCAUACGCUUCCGGCCGCUCUUUGUCGAGAGGACUGCCUUGGUGCUUCUGAUCUCCUGCCUGAGCUUCGGCUUCUUCGUGCUGGGGAGGUCGGGCAAUGGAUCUCAAGUCCUGUUGUACACUGCCUAUGCCUGGACGUUCCUUACUAACUGGAUUGCCGUCGCGGUGUUGCGGAGUAACUACCGGGAGAAGCAUCAGCUGCUGCGGGAGCUGCGGCAAUUCGAUUUGAACAAGGUCUCAUGCAGGCAAGAGUUUGAUCGACAGUUCAUUCACGCGGCGAUAUCGAAGUGGUACGGGAGCAAGGAAGCCUUCACGGAGUUCGUGCGUCAGGACCUGCGACGGGAUUUGGAACCCUGCCUGGCCACGCGCUUUCCCAUGAGAUACCUCCUCCUCCUUUGCGCAGCUUUUUCCUCCACCAGCCUGGAGUAUGUCCUAGCUCUAUGGAAGGGUGGGGCCCCGACCGAGAGCAUCCUGUCCUUGGCUGUCGCGGUCCUUUUGGGGGUGAACGUUUUUGUUCUUGCAGGCAUCUGUAUAGCCAUGAACUACCUGUCUGAUCGUUUUGCUGCACGGCGCUUUGGACGUUUCGAUCACGUGCAAACGCUUCUGAUCGUCAUGCUGCUGGCCGCAGCGUUCGGGGCUGGAAACUUUCUUGGGUACAUCGCCUACGUCUCCAGCCUGGCGCAUUGCAUCCUCUUCGCAAUAGGUUGCGGUAUAGCGGCCGGCUGCCUGCACUGGAUUGAGAAGACGGUGCCGAUGCCGGACGGUGACACGAGCGAGCCGUCAUGA